AUGGCUCCAUCACGCAUAAUCCUCGACACGGAUCUUGCCAUGGGGGCGGGUGCCGAUGUCGAUGAUGGCUUUGCCCUGGCCCUGGCACACGCAGACCCAGACAUCCAGCUGGACCUCGUCACGACUGUGAACGGCAACACUGACGUUGAAAGCGCGACUAUCCUGACUGGUAUCCUGCUCGACCGACUCAACGUCCAAAACACACCCCUUGUUCGCGGCUGCGGCACGCCCAUCAUUCAUACAGAUCUGGAGCGCGUCCCAGCACCUCACGUCGCCGCCCUGAAAGAGUCCGCCCGCAAGCCCGAUCCGGGCUAUGCCCCGCUUGCCAUCAUCGAGCACGUCCUCGCCCACCCAGGAGAGAUCACCCUGGUGGCGAUCGGGCCCCUGACCAACGUGGCGAUCGCACUGCUCCUCGAGCCCCGCAUCAAGACGGCGCUCAAGGAACUCGUCAUCAUGGGCGGCAUCUUCCUGGGGACGAUGUACUCGCGCAGCAAGCCGGGCGAGUUCAACGUGUUCUCGGACCCGGAGGCCGCGCGCGCUGUGCUGCGGUCCGGCGUGCCCCAGCGCUGGGUCGGGCUCGACGUCACGCUGCAGGUGCGCCUGGGCAUGGCCGAGGCGCAGGACCUGGCCCGGGCGCCGACCGAUUUCGCGGCCUUUGCGGGCGAGGCCACGAUCAAGUACAUCGAGCACCAGGCCGUGCGGUUCCCGGGCCGGCGGCCCAGGCCCGACUCGAUACCCAUGCACGACCCCCUGGCCGUGGCCGCGGUCUCGAAGCCCGACCUGCUCGAGUACCGAGACAUGGCGGUGUCGGUCAUCACGGGCGACGGCGAGGCCAAGGGCGUGAUGAUCGCCGACCGCUUGGAGUGCCCAGACCCGCCUGUGCCCAACUGCCGUGUCGCCGUGGGGGUCGAUGCAGAAGGGUUCAAGAAACACUUUUUGGGGCUUAUUCAUACGUUGUGA